UUGUGCAGUUUAGUGGUUGGAGCUGUUGGCGUUCCCAUUGAUUCGGAAGGCAGAUGUUCGAACGUUUACAGUUCAUCUCUUUGGAAGCUCUGGAUAAAGAGCGUAGUGUUUGGUGAAGACGUGGGGCGAAUUCCAGCGAGCACUAUUCGUUGUUUUACUGGGGGAGGGGGAUUUUUGUACCUUUCAGAAUUUCCCUGGUAACAGUUUGUUAGUUGUUAAUAUGAAGUGGUACGGGACGGUGAUCGUCUGCGCCGUGUUAACGGUUCUCGCAGUCAAUUGCCAGAAGAGCAAAAGCGAGGAGAAUAAAAAAGAAGAAUUCACAUGUCCUGAGGGCCAAGGAAAUGGCAACUUCGCAGAUCCGGCAACAUGCAGAAGAUUUUAUCAAUGCGUCGAUGGAUAUCCCUACUUGAACAGAUGUCCGUCCGGAUUGCAUUUCGAUGACAUUAGCAAAUUCUGCACUUUCAAGAACGAGGCUCGUUGCGGACCCAUCCCAACGACUCCUGCUCCUAUCACCGAAACACCAACAGAUUUGGCAGAAAGAUGUGAUCCAGGAAACUGCGAACUUCCAUAUUGUUUCUGCUCUCGUGAUGGCACGCUAAUUCCUGGUGGAUUGUUGCCAGAAGAUACACCUCAAAUGAUAUUGUUGACGUUCGAUGGAGCGAUAAACCACAACAAUUUCGAUCACUACCAAAAGAUUUUCGAUAAGGAUCGUGUGAACCCUAACGGUUGUCCUCUCAAAGGAACAUUUUUCAUAUCUCACGAGUACUGCAACUACAAUAUGGUCCAAAGCUUUGCCCACGAUGGUCACGAGAUAGCAACGGAGACGAUUUCGCUCCAAAAAGGCUUGGAAGACAAAGGCUACGAAGAAUGGGUUGGUGAGAUGAUAGGAAUGCGUGAGAUUCUCAAACAUUUUAGCAACAUAACGACCAGCGAAAUAGUAGGAAUGAGAGCUCCGUAUUUGAAACCCGGUCGUAAUACUCAGUACAAAGUGAUCGAAGAUUUUGGCUACAUUUACGACAGCAGUGUCGGUAUAUCCCCAUCAAAAAUUCCAAUUUGGCCAUACACGUUGGAUUACAAAAUUCCCCACGAAUGCAAAGCUGGAACUUGUCCUUCGAAAUCGUUCCCAGGUGUCUGGGAACUGCCACUGAACGCUCACUACGUCGAGAGUUAUGAAGGAGGCCAUUGCCCCUAUCUCGAUCAAUGUGUCCUUCACAAUCACGAUCCACAGGAGGUCUUUGAAUGGCUGCAAGAAGAUUUCAAUCGUUAUUACGAACAGAACCGAGCACCUUACAUGAUGCCAUUCCACACGAAUUGGUUCCAAAUCAAAGAGCUUGAAAGAGGUCUCGCCAAAUUCCUCGACUGGGCUGUAACGUUACCCGACGUUUAUUUCGUCACGGCGACCCAAGCACUGACCUGGAUGACCGACCCAAAACCGCUCAAAUCCCUGACCAAUUAUGAGCCUUGGGCAUGUAAAACGAAGCAAAACAUUCCUGGACCGAGUUGCAACAAUCCUAAUAAAUGUGCCCUCGAUUUCAAGCCAGCCGAAUCAAAUUUCACGGCUACACGGUAUUUGGAAACGUGUAGAGAAUGUCCCAACAAAUAUCCUUGGUUGGGUGACGCAAAGGGAACCGGACUAGCCAAUGAUAAUUAUAAUCCAGAGAGAAAAAAAUGAGAAGAAAUCUGGAGAAAGAAAAUUGGGAAACUCACUCGAGAAAGAACUCGAUGAAAUCGUCGUUGGUACUUCGUACGCGUUAAAAAUUUAGAUAGUAGAUAAAACGAUUGACGAUUCAUCAAUUUUAUGAUUUAAUCACGACGACGUGAUUCCACGUACACAAUAACUGAUUUUGUUAUUUCUUUUUUUUUUCGUUGAUGCACAGUCAUUCUCUUAUUCCAAGAAAAAAAUGGCAUCUGUUAAUACGCAUCGUGUAAAAGCCAUUUAUUUGUGAUUGUGACUUGAAUUCUCGAACAUUUGUGGUGUGAAUGAAUGCGUUGUUUGUUUCUACCUUUUGUUCAAUCUUGUUUAUUUAUCUCUACGAUUUUCUUCGAAAGUGAGCGAAUUGUUUGACCCGUGAAAAAAAAAGCAACAUCAAAUUGUUGAAAACAGCCAUCAAUCUGAAGAAUAAAAAGAAAAAAAUUA